AUGGGUUGUCAAAUGCUAUGGCAUCUCCUAGUAUUGACUAUUAUGACAACAGCAUCGGGGAGAAAGAGAAGCAUUCUUGAAGGAUGCGACCCUGGUGACCUGAAAGGACUCACCAGUUUCAGGGGUGGAAUCCACUGGGACACUUCAGGUCGGCUAGCAAAGUGGGUUGGUCAUAGUUGUUGCGAAUGGGAAGGUGUUUCGUGCAACAACGAAACUGGUCGAGUAACGGAAAUUCGUCUUCCAGGAUUCAUUUCCACGGAUGACUUCGUCUUUCAAUCUCAGAUGGAAGGUUGGCUGUCCCCAUCAAUCACGCUCCUCACCUCUCUGGAAGUCCUUGAUCUUGGAGGACUCGUAGGCCUUUCUGGAAGAAUUCCACCAAUAAUUGGUCAUCUCCAGAACCUCAGAAAGCUCUAUCUUUAUGGAAACAAGCUAAGAGGGUCAGUACCAGAAAGCAUUGGUAAACUUCUAAAACUUGAAGAACUUCACCUGCAUGAGAAUAAAUUAUCAGGGUUUCUUCCUUCUAGCCUUGGUGGUCUUAAAAAUCUUAAUGCUUUACUUCUACAUUCAAAUAGAUUUACCGGUAGCAUUCCUGAUUCAUUCACGAACUUGACAAAUCUCAUGCAUUUGGAUCUUCAUUGCAAUUCCCUGAGUGGUCAUAUACCAAGAAAUAUUGGUGAGUUGCAUCUUUUGAAAGAGAUUGAUCUUUCAGAAAAUUUUUUGAGCGGGAGGAUUCCAGAUUCAGUAAACAAUCUGACAUCCAUUUCAGUCAUGUACUUGGAUACUAAUCAUCUUGAGGGAGAGAUACCAUUUCCAUCAAAUUUCGGUCAAAUGGCUUCUCUUGGAUUUUUAAGGCUGCAAAACAACCACCUAAGUGGAAGAAUUCCACCUAAUUUCAGAUAUCUGGUCUCCCUCCAAAGGGUUUCUCUAGCAAAUAACAAGCUUGAGGGAUCAAUUCCUCCUGGUUUGGGUAAUCUAGAAGCUUUGACAGAGUUAUAUCUUAGCGGGAACAAGUUAUCUGGACAAAUACCAAUGUCAAUGGGUUUACUCUCUCAUCUCAUACUCUUGAGCAUUUCUCAUAAUUUAAUUCAUGGACCAUUGCCUGAUGAAAUGUCUGCCCUCAAAAAUUUGCAAACACUGGAUCUCUCAUUCAACCUUUUAAAUCUAACCUCCAUUCCAACAUGGCUAGCAGAAAUGCCAUCUCUUUCCCGAAUGUAUUUGGCAGGUUGUGGAAUCAAAGGCCAAAUACCUGACUUCUUGCGAUCAACUCCAAGUCCAAUACAGGAACUGGACUUAUCUGUUAAUCGUCUCACUGGUGUCAUACCAACAUGGAUCGGAAGACUCACUCAACUCUAUUCCUUAAAUCUUUCAAGGAACUACCUCAUCUCAAAUAUUCCAGAUUCAGUUGCAGAGUUCCAGGAGUUAGGAGUGCUAGAUCUCCACUCAAACAAGAUAACAGGCUCCCUGGAUCAAGUUUUCAAGAUAGGAAACAGCUUUCCGGAUGGUUCACUGACAUAUAUCGACUUAUCUGAUAACAGCUGCACUAGUGGAAUUGAGCAAAUUGGUGUAGGAACACAGCAAAGAAUCAAGUAUCUUAAUUUAUCACAUAAUUUGCUCGAGGGUCAAUUACCAACUUCGGUGGGGGAAUUGAAGGCAAUGCAGAGUUUGGAUCUGAGCUACAAUAAGUUGGGUUUCAGCUUGGUAAACGCCAUAGCAAACCUUAGCCUUUUAGAGACACUGAAGCUACAGAGAAACCAUUUUACUGGUAAGAUACCAGUUGAGUUUUUGAACCUCAAAAACCUGAAGGACUUAGAUUUAUCAGACAAUCUUUUGGUGGGGGAAAUUCCUGCUGGAGAACCUCUUAGCGGCUUUCCUCAGAGUUGUUUCAGUGGAAACAAAGGUUUAUGUGGGAAGCCCCUUUCUCCCUGCAAGUCUUGAAAUAGUU